AUGAGCACUCAUAAUGCUGCAGGGGUCAGCGAGGAACACGCCGAGGAGGAGCAUCUUCAGGAGCUACAAUCAAAUUCAAGCACCGAGGAAUUGCAACCGACUAGAGAGGAGGCUUCUGAUGAUCUAGCUGACGACUCUACCGCCCAUCGGCAUGAAUAUUCGGAUGACGACAAGAGAGACGGGCAGUCACGGAGAGACUCCGGGGCGUCAAAGAAGGAACUAGGCGACGAGGCUGAACCGGGGGAAAAUGACAAUUUCGUGGCUCCCUCGUCCUCUGAGAGUCCCCGCCAGUCAUUUGGCGGUGAAUCCGAAGCUGGUCAAAGUCAGCUAUCGGAAGGCCAUGACGCGGAACACGCCGCCCAUACAGACGACGACAAAGAUGGCAGCUCCCACAACGAUCAUGAGGAUGAUGUCUUUAGCGAUCACAGCCCCAGGAGCUCCAUGGGGUCACUGUCGGAAUCAGACCGCACGAGGUUUUCGCCUCAAAAAGUUCGCUCGCCUCGCAUUUCAGACAUUCCUCAUUCAGACCAAGAUGAUGACUUUGUGCCAACAAUUCGAGGAGCCCCUCGACCCCCUUUUAGAUCACCAUCAUCUGUGAAAGCGAUCCAAAUGUCCUCCCCUCCAGCGUCAGUCAUCGGGUCUCCACGUUCAAGCCGCCGGACGCCAAGACCAACUGUUUCACGACUUGGUUCCCCGAGUGUGUCGGCGCAGUACUCGCCCAAGAAGACGCCGCCGCGGUUCAAGAGAAACACGCCCCCUUUGGUUUUACUGCACGUAACGGUAAUGCCGUUGAGAUGGCCCUGGGGGCAUGUGCUGGAUAACGCACAUCCCGGUGACUUGAGCCCCGAGUGCAAGACUCUUUGGGAUUCCUGGAAACAGCUACAGGACCGGACUACAGACACUGUUUCGGAUCGUGGCAUUCUUUUGCCACAUCCGCAGAAUGACUACGAGGUGCUGGAGGAGCGACUUCUCGAGACGUUGGAGCUACCGCUGAGGCGAAGAGCUCGUAUUCUCGAGUGUGGACAUUAUCUGGGACCAUCUAACGUCAUGUCGCUGACGGAAGACGGCGACGAGGAACACGAUGAGGAGGACAAUGACGAGAAUCGUUAUCCACGGGAAUCUCUAGCCCACAAGAUCCAGACACACUGGUGUACGACUUGCCACUCUGAUAUCAAGUAUGACUCUCUCGGCGCUGGCAAGAUCUACCGGGUCAAAGUCUAUGCCAGCAAUGGACUAAUGCGGGCUGGCGCCUGGGAGGCUUGCUGGAAAGAAAUGGAACGCGUUGACGUGGAGAUGGAACCUUUAGUCGACCCGAAGCUACAAGAGGAGCUGUCUUACCUGGCUGCUGAACAGGAGAGAGCUUUGGAUAUGGAGGAAGAAGCGGCUGCAGCUGCAGCCGCCGCCGCUGUUGACGAAGAAAUUCAGCUCAGAGAGGAGGCGGAGCGUAAGUAUUUGGCCGCUGAGCAGGAGGAAGCGUUGGAUAUGGAGAAUGAAGAGGCAGCCGCCGCCGCAACCGCCGCCGACGAAGAAUGCCGGCUCAGAGAGGAGGCAGAGCGCAACUAUAUGGCCGCUGAACAGGAGGGAGCGUUGGAUAUGGAGGAGGAAGAGGCAACUGCCGCCGCCGCCGCCGACGACGACGACGACGACGAUGAUGAAGAAAUUCCGUCCGAGCACGUUGAUGCCCCUCCGCAGCCCGAAGCGCCAGUUGAGGACAGAUCUACAUUUGAUCAUGAUCGCCGCUUGCGUGAUGAGGAACGACUGAGAGAAAUUUACGGCCACUCGCCACGCCCUCAUGCUGCGGACACCUGUACUUCGGAGCCCACUGACCCACAAGCCGAGUACACCCCACAUCAGACUCCGCCGUCACCUCCCGUGGAGGCGUUUGAACGACGGCAACAGCGACAUGGGGAGCGACGAGAUACGGGCACGGACAAGAACGUGUCUUUGCCCGAUUUGCUCCUCGAGGCCGCCAAGGUGCUCCUGCAAGACCAGAAGAAUGUCAUGAUCGGCCUGCUCAGUCUAUUGGUGCUGGUAUUUGCCGUGAGAAGUGGUAGAUCUCCCGAGCAAGCCAACUCAUUCAACACGAAUGUCUCGGAACCUGUGGGCAAGAUAUCUGUGGACCAAGCCUCGCAACCAGUUGCGCAACCAGCAAUCGAUAAGACCGCCGAAACUCUCGGGAGGGGAGUGGAAGUAGCCAACGGGCAACCCAUGCCAAGAGCGGGUGACGGUUGCGUGGCAUGCUCCAAGUCGCUGGAGGUGGCCGAGAUGUCUUUGAAAGCCGUGCCUGUCAGCGUGGUGGAGGUGAUUAGCACGAUGACCAAAGAAGCAUACUUGACCGCAACGACGACAGUCGUCGAGACGGUCAGCGUUGAGGCGAUGCCUCCGGAGAUGACCCCGGCUGAGGUGAUUAGCACGGUGACGGAGAAAGCUUACUUGACCGUGACGGAGACGGUAGUUGAGACGGUCAGUGUUGGGGCUACGUCUGCAGAAACACCGGCAGCGGAAGCGGCUGUUGCAUCGGGGUCAGAGGUACGAGAGGAUUCGAGUGAGAGAGCGGUUUCUUUUGUGUGA